UACUGCGACUUUUGCAACUGCUCUUUUCCGGAUAAUGCGACCAAUCGAAAGAAUCACAAUGAAGGCGCGCUUCAUUUAGCGAAUCGGAAGCGACAUUAUGACUGGUUUAAAGUAGAUCCCGAGGUCUUCAUUCGUGAACAGAUGGAGAAGCCUCCGUGCCGCAACUUUAAUACACACGGAUUCUGUGAAUUCGAGCUUCAGUGCAAGGGCAACCACAUUACAUACGAUUAUUAUGCGCUUCAGCUGGCCCAAAAUAGUCUCCGACGCCAGGAACAGUUGAAACGAACCCCUCGUUACAAGCUACCUUCCGGCUGGAAAGUACGUGAACUACCGCCAUCACUCAAACCGCCGCCAGCCAAACAUGGGUAUGAAUGGAAUAAUCUAGGAUUUUGGGGCUAA